AUGUGCAAUUUGUUUUGGCUUUCGGCCUGUUUUUUGGCCCUCUGUCUGCCCCUCGCCCUCAGCGAACCCAAUGCCACAAGUGUUGAGGUGUUGCCACCUAAGACUGAGCCAAAAGCAGAGCUGGUGCCCACGGCGGAGAAACUGAUCCGAUACCGCCGCCAGCCACCCUUCGCCGUGAUCAAGCGCUCCAAGCUGCGCCGGCGGACUAAGGGACAUCCCAAGAUAAAGUACGGACCACCACCGCCGCACAUCCGCUAUGCGAAACCCUCAUUCCCAGCGCAUGUCGAGGAGCCCAGCUUCUCCCUCGAUGACUUUCAGCACCUGAAGUUCGAUGGUGCGGACUUUAAGAUACCCACUUCCAGCUACGAAGCGCAGUCCAUGGAUCUGGACUUCUACAAUCACGAUACGGAACCGGAUCUCUAUGGAGCACACAAAUUCCCAAGCCUGGACUUUGGCUUGGUCACCACUCAUGAGCAUGUUCCUCACCAGAAGUACGGCUUGCCUCCCGCACAGCAGAGCUUCCAGCCUGAUCACACUUUUGCUUCGCACUAUGAGCCUCCUCCAGAUCCGGCUCAUCCGCCGGCUACCCGCUAUGGAGUACCCGAUGCUCCGGCUCAUCCGCCGGCUACCCGCUAUGGAGUACCAGAUGCACCGGCUCCAGUGCCCAGCUAUCCGCACAAGGAUUUUCCAGCUCCUGACUCGUAUUCCAUAUAUGAGCAGAAGAUUCCCAAUGUGGGCUACCAUCAGAACUUUGCGGAACCACCCAAGCAUCCGCCUAAACAUGGUUCCAUCAAUAAUCCCAACUUUGAGAUUGCCUAUUCUCCGCCCGCAUUUGAGAUCAGCACUUCCUAUCAGUCCAAUCACCAGCAGAGCUAUGUACCACCCCAUCCUCCGUCAUCUCAUGAUGGGUUUGCGGAGCCACCGUCCAAUAACUAUGUGAAGCCUCCCCAGCAUCCUCCAACUAAUAGUUAUGCACCACCCCAACAUCCUUCUUCAAGCUACGACCAGCCUCCACAGCAUCCGCCUCCCAGCUAUAGCCAGCCUCCUCAACAUCCAUCAUCCAGUUAUGAUCCGCCUGCUCAACAUCCCUCAUCCAGUUAUAAUCAACCUCCCUCCUCCAGUUACGAUCAACCUCCUCAACAUCCACCCUCCACUUAUGAUCAACCUCCCCAACAUCCUUCCUCCAGUUAUGAUCAACCACCCCAGGAGCACCCAAACUCCUACCAGCAUCCUCCUUCAUCCACAUACGAUCAGCCACCUCAGCAUCCACCUUCAAACUAUGUGUCCUCCGACUCCCAUUCCAUCAACACUUAUCCGCAGGACGACUACGCACCACCGUCGCAGGAAUUGCCCUUGAAUACACACCACAAGUUUCCUAGUUUCGACUUCCCCAAAUCCAGCUACGAAGUGCCCAUCUACGAUCCCGUUCCCUUCGAGGCCUCCAAUCGCGAUGAACAGGAGUCAUAUCCACCCAUCUUGGCAUCCUCUCCCGAUCUGAAUGAGAUAACUUCAGAUGCCCAUGCGGCUGGUAGUUCCAAGCGGCGAAAGAGGAAGCGAAAGCCCACUGCUGGAGUUGUACCCGCCAAGCAUACCCUUGAUGUUCCUGAGCUCCAGCAGGCCUAUGACGCGGAUAGCCACUUGGGGGAGUCCAACGAAAAUGCUGAUACGGAUGCGAAUAGCUCUCACUAUGUGGAGAGGAAGCAGAGCUUCUUCAACUUUGUCACGCCCACAACCACGACGUCGACUACUCCGGCACCUUGGACUCCAAUGAGGGGCAGGAGUGGUACGACCCGUACGGCAUUCAUACCCACCAUUGUUACAAGUACUCCGGCAACUCCCACUACUGAUCGCAGUAGAAGUCGCGGCUCUUCUCGGUAUCGCAAAAACCAGCAACCCGCGAAUCCCAAUUCACCCGAUCCAACCACCACCAGCGUUCGAAUCGAUCAAUCCCACUCGCAAAGCUAUUACGAUGGAACCAUUGCACCACCGACCAGGCAACCGUUUUCACCCACGAUCGGAGGACGUGGCGGAAGACCUACGAGACCGAGUUACGUUAGAAACCACGGCCCAGUGUCACCGCUGGCACUGCAGCCCGCAGAUGGAAGGGGUCCACCCACAUCCAAGCGAACCACUAAGGGCGUCUUCGACACGACGCUGUUCAAGAGUCCCCUCAGUGAUCGAGAAAUGGAGAGAAAUCUCCAUGGGCUGCGUCAGAACUUGCCAAAAAAUCACAAACUAUUCUGA